AUGAAUCUUGUAAGACAUCAGGGUGCUUCCUAUGUCAUCAGGAGAAGUAUUGUGAGUACUCAGCCCAAUUACAACUUUUUUGCAUGGUUUAAAGAUAGAAAGAAGCAAAAAGCGGUACAUAAUCAGAAUGUAAGGAAGACAGAGGCAUUAAUCAAGGAUAUUGAGUCUGGCACUGAUGUGAGUAAAGAUAUGGGAUCGUCCUCUACGAGAAUUGACUUGGUUCCAGAAAAUUUUGUAGGUAAAAGGCAAGUGAAGACAAUCUCACUGAAAGAAGUUCCAUUCCAUAAUUGGUUAUCAAAGUCGAAAGUAAAGACAGAGAAAGACCUCGACCAUCAUAUUAUUGAGGCUUAUAAUCAUGCUUUCCCAUCUGCAGCGGUGAAGGCCAUCAGGAAUGGGAAAUUGAAAGCUCCAUUCGUUGAUGUAACCUCUAAAUUCAAAUUCAGCAAAAGAUUACAAUCUCUCACAGGAUAUGCAAUUUCAGAUUAUCAAUGUACCAUACUGUCAACACCAUUGUCCUUCAAAGACUAUUACAUGAAAGAGAUAUUAAGUGGUAAAGCAUUAAGGUUUAAUGAAAACGAGCCAAAUGCAAUUCAUUUGAGUAAAGAAUCAUUUACUUCGCCAAAUGUCCAUAUUGUCGAGGAUACACCAGUGAAACUACAAAAACGUAAGUUCAAUGAAAUUUUGAAGGAAGUUAAAAUGCUAGAGGAACAAGAAAGUCAUGAGGCUAUAGAAAGGGCCAGAAAUUUUGAUAAUUGA